AUGAAUGCACGCACGCGGUUCCUUUCUGCGUUGCUGCCUCUCUGGGGCCGCGCCUGGCCGCGGUGAGGACUCUGCGGGGCCGGGAGGCGGCGUGGGCGUCGCCGCGGGGAGGAGGCCGGCGCGUCCCUCCUCUGGGAGCGCGGCGGCAGCGAGAGCAGUGCGCACUGCAGGGCCGAGUCCCCGCCCGGAGCCAGCGCCGCGCCUCGCGGCCCCCACGCACGGCGCGGCCCGGCGGGGGCGCAGGAGACCCGCGGCCGGGACAGGGGCCGGUCCCACACUCACGCGGCCGCUGCAGCUCCGCGACACUCGCUCCGCGUGCCGUCACCCGGCCUGGCCCGCUCGGGACGCCUCUGCAUUGCGCGGGUACAAGGCAAUGUUAGAAGUGGUGAUCUCACCCAGCCUCGCAGCAAGCAGUGACUGCAAGGAAUCCCUGACGUGGAGCGAAGGCAACGCUGCCCUGGGGGCUCUGAGUGACAGAGAAGGCAUCGCCAAAUCAGCCUCUCCAAAAUUGCCCCAGCUCUUUGCAAAGCCUCACCCGUGUGUCACUCCUGGUCAGCCCUCCGCAGCCAUGGCAGCCUAUGGCCAGACACAGUACAGCGCAGGCAUCCAGCAGGCAUCACCCUAUGCAGCGUACCCACCUCCAUCACAAGCCUAUGGGAUCCCCCCUUACAGUAUCAAAACAGAAGACAGUUUGAACCAUUCCCCCAGCCAGAGUGGGUUCCUGAGCUACGGACCAAGCUUCAGCACCGCGCCUGCUGGACAGAGCCCCUAUGCCUACCCAGUGCACAGCACCACAGGGCUCUACCAAGGCACCAACGGAUUGACCAACACGACCGGAUUUGGGAGCGUGCACCAGGAUUACCCCUCCUACCCUGGCUUCCCGCAGAAUCAGUACCCCCAGUAUUUCAGCCCAUCCUACAACCCUCCCUACGUCCCUGCCAGCAGCCUCUGUGCCUCUCCUCUCUCCACGUCCACCUACGUCCUCCAGGAGGCUCCUCACAGUAUCCCCAACCAGACUUCUGAGGCAUUGGCUGGUGACUACAACACACACAACGGGCCCUCCACUCCAGCCAAAGAGGGUGACACAGACAGGCCCCAUCGGGCCUCAGAUGGGAAGCUACGUGGCCGAUCAAAGAGGAGUAGUGACCCUUCCCCAGCAGGGGACAAUGAGAUCGAGCGGGUGUUCGUCUGGGACCUGGACGAGACAAUCAUCAUUUUCCACUCCCUGCUCACGGGGACUUUUGCAUCCAGAUAUGGGAAGGACACCACGACGUCAGUGCGCAUCGGCCUGAUGAUGGAAGAGAUGAUCUUCAACCUCGCUGACACACACCUGUUCUUCAAUGACCUGGAGGACUGUGACCAGAUCCACGUGGAUGAUGUCUCAUCUGAUGACAAUGGCCAGGACUUAAGCACAUACAACUUCUCCACUGAUGGUUUCCACAGCACGGCACCGGGGGCCAGCUUGUGCCUGAGUACAGGUGUGCAUGGCGGUGUGGACUGGAUGAGGAAACUCGCCUUCCGCUACCGCCGGGUGAAGGAAAUGUACAACACCUACCGCAACAACGUGGGUGGCUUGAUAGGCGCUCCCAAAAGAGAGACGUGGCUGCAGCUGCGCGCCGAGCUGGAGGCCCUGACUGACCUCUGGCUCACCCACUCCCUGAAGGCCCUCAACCUCAUCAACUCUCGACCCAACUGUGUCAAUGUGUUGGUCACCACUACUCAACUGAUCCCAGCACUGGCCAAGGUCCUGCUGUACGGCCUGGGCUCCAUAUUCCCCAUUGAGAACAUCUACAGUGCAACCAAGACAGGCAAGGAGAGCUGCUUCGAGAGAAUCAUGCAGAGAUUUGGCCGCAAAGCUGUCUACAUUGUGAUAGGUGACGGGGUAGAAGAAGAGCAAGGAGCCAAGAAGCACAACAUGCCCUUCUGGAGGAUAUCCUGCCAUGCUGACUUGGAGGCUCUGAGGCACGCCCUGGAACUGGAGUAUCUAUAGCAGCGAGGGGGGGCAGCCCCCGCCUGCCACCCACCACCGGGGCCCCGUCAUCUCACUCCAUGAGAGCCCUAGACACCAAAUUCUGGGUAGGGGCCCGGACACCAGGGGACGCGUCCCACAGCCUUCUCAGAAGUGUUCUCUUCCCUUGGGGACAGAGUCAGGCUGUGUUGUGAAACCCAGAGGCCCAGAUGAGGGAGGGUCAGCUGGGGAGGGCACGGGGGGCAGCUCAUCUUGGUUUCUUGUUUUUAUUUAUGGACUGAUCCCAUCCCUCACGUCACCAGCUGGUCCCUGUGCUGUGGUUUCUUGGCUGUUAGUCUGGUUUGGGGUUCUACACUGGCUGUGCGGUGGUUCCCAGUUCUGUGCUUCAGGGACAAUCAUUCAGUAGACGUUGGUGAGGGAGGCCAUCUGGGGCUGUGGGGACGCCUCUUGCUUACUUUUCAUUUUUCCAAGCCCCUCCCUGAUGUCAUGUGGACAGUGCGCGCGUGCCUUAUGCCGCCAUCUUAUUUUGUAGGAAAAGGGGGACCCCGGGAAGGAAGAGGUACUCUGUGCUGAUGGAUAAAGGCAUUAAAUAAAGCCACGUUUACAU